GCUCUGCUUGUUUUGUUCUUUUUCUUUUCUUCUUUUGGGUCGAAACAGGGAGAUUGCUUUGUUAACGUUUUCUUCGUCCUAAUCUUGACUACAGAGGUGAACUCAAACUGGAUGAACAGAAAGAGGAGAUGCGGUAAUCUAAGUUUUGGUGGAAGAAGAAGAAGCCUUUUGAACUAGUUUGAGAGCACCUCCGUAUCCAUACAGCAAAGAUGCUACCAGCCGUUGAGAAACCGCGCGAUCAAGUGGCGAUUCUAAUCGAGGGUAAAGUGCGAGAAAUGCCCUCAUUUUGGCCAGAUUGUUGUAUUUACAAAGUCCCCCAGCGUUUUCGCAGAGGAAAUGAAGAGUUCUAUGAACUCCUGGUGGUCUCAAUCGGACCUUAUCACUUUCACCAAGGCAGUUUCCCACAAAUGCAAAUCUUUAAACUCAAAUACUUAGAGGCCUUCUUGAGCCGAAACCAUCUCAGCUUAGACCAAUGCCUUGGCCUUGUGAGAACGUGGGAAGAAAUGGCCAGGCGUUAUUACGCCGACCCCAUUGACCUAAGCAGUGAUGAGUUUGCCGAGAUGAUGCUGGUGGAUGCAAUUUUUGUCUUGGAGCUUUUGCUCAGGGCACGGUUUUCCAAAUAUGUAGACGAUUGCGAUCGAAUAUAUGGAAAGCUGCGUAUGAUUCAAGACGUUUUGCAUGAUGUCAUGUUGAUUGAGAACCAAAUUCCCUUCUUUGUUCUUCAGGGUUUGUAUGACCUAGUUGAUGGCAGCUCCAAAGGAAAUCUCAAGUUGGUCGAGCUUACGCAUGCGUUCUUCAAGUAUUAUGUAACGUUUGGUGUUGGUCAUCUACCUGUGCCUGGAGUUGACCAUGGAGUACAGCAUUUUGUUGAUUUUAUACGAUACUACUACUUGCCCCCACGGCCUAGGGAGGAUGUAUAUAACGAAAUUUAUGAAAGCCUUAUCCCACCAAGCGUGACAAUGCUAGACGAUGCUGGAGUUAAGUUUGCGAGUACAAGCAAAACCUUCUUGCUUGACAUACAAUUCAUAAACCGAGAUCUUGUAAUUCCGAAUUUUAGUAGAUGAUUGGACGGAAACUCUGUUCAGGAACCUGCUCGUCUUUGAACAGUGCCACGAUCACCACACGAGGUACAUUUCACAAUUUAUAUACUUCAUGGGGUGCGUGAUCAGGACUUCAAAGGAUGUGGACUUGCUCACUGAACAUGAAAUUAUAUCUAGCGGGUUGGGGAGUAACGAUAAGUUGUGCGCUCUAAUUGAACGAAUUGGCCAAGGGGUUGGCUUCAAUGUGCGUAUUAUUACCGAAGCCUUUCUACAAAACUCAAUGCCUACUGCAAGGUCCCUUGGCACAAAUGGAAAGCAAAUUUGAAGCGCGACUGUUUCAACACUCCAUGGAAACUUGCUUCCACCAUUGCAGCAAUUGUACUCCUUGUGCUCACACUCAUACAAACCAUAUGCUCCAUCUUAUCCGUAUAGCUUAAAUAGGUCCACGGUCAGAACUAAAGAUUAAGGCCUUGUGUAUGCCCGUAUGUUCUUUCCAAGUGUUAAAACUGAAGUAAUUUUGUUAUGCCAUGAGCUUAUGUUGUUCUAGGUUGUCAACGGGGUAGUGGAAAAGAACUUUAGCUUGCAAAUUAGUAGUCUCAAGUUGAACCCCCAUGA